AUGGAUCAUGGGGCUCCAGGGGUCUUCUUCUUCCCGGGUUUUGUUGAGCUGCACAACACUGACCUCAACAACACCCUCAAACAGAUGUAUAGAGAGAAAAUGUACAAGGAGAUGGUGCUUUACAUGGAGGCCUGUCACUCAGGGAGCAUGUUCGAGGGCCUACUCCCGAACAACAUCAAUAUCUACAUUACCACGUCCGCCAACCCCAAUGAGAGUGCAAAAAUGUGCUGUUGGGAUGAGUUCCGCAAAGUCUUCGUAGGAGGUGUCUAUGAUAACGCCUGGCUGUACAACUCAGACAAGGCAAAUCUCCACAAGGAAACACUCUAUCAACAAUAUGAAGUGGUCACGGAAGCCUGUGAAAAGCCUAAACGCAAAAGUCGCCCGCAGCAGUACGGAGACUUGAGCAUGAACAUGGAAGUCCUCGCUCAGUUUCAGGCAAAUUCAGAGCAGUACACACCCGACAUGUGUCUGAACACACAGGAAACUGAUGGACAUAUUCAUCGGUCAGAAUUCACCUUCGCUGGAAUCGACCUCAAUAACCCCGCCCUUGACAUGGUUCAGAUCGCCACCACUGCCCGUCGCCUCAUCGAGUCACGUGAUCUCAAUAGUCAGAAACGGGAAGAGCUUAAGGCCAAAUUACGUCAUAUGACGCUGGUCAAGGAAAAAGCUGAGUCGUUGACCAAAGACCUUGUCAAGGCAGCCAUGUCCAGCCCUAGAGGUGUGACGGAGACCGACAUACUGACCCGGAAAGAGCGAGUAGACAACUCUGAGUGCUACAAGGCCGCCCUGAGCCUCUUCUCUGCCCGGUGUCCAGGCAUCAACAUGGGGAGGUACCCAUUCGCCAGGAGAAAUCUCCAGGCCUUUAUCAACCUCUGCAACCACCAGCCCCAAACUGACGUCAUGAACGCCAUCUUGGAAGUCACGGAGAAAUACGGAAUUUGCCGAGCUCUGUAG